GUGAUAUCACUUCAGUGAUAACCGCUUAAAUCAGAACUUUAGUAAAAUGUCUUUAGACGUUAAUAUAAGUGAACCCGAAGAAUUUAGCUGUGUCGAAUUACAUAGUUGCCUUGAAGAUGUAGCUAAGGUAUUGGAUUUUAACGACUUUAAGUAUCAUGUGGAUCUUAUAAGUGGAAAAGGUGAAAGCUACGUAGCUAAUAUAUUUAGAGUUGUGAUUAAAGAGAAUGAAGAUAAUGGUAAAAAUGUUAAUGUGAUAGUAAAAACUUUAAUUAAUACUACCAGAAGAGAACUGUUCCGUGACUUACAUAAUCGUGAAGUGUUGGUUUAUGAAGAGGUUAUACCUAAAUUUAUGCAAAUCCAAAGAAAGUUGGAUUUAAAGCAAAGGUUUUGCUUUCCAGAAUGUCUAUAUACAAAUGCAAAUAAAAACAAAGAGAUUAUCGUACUGCAGGAUUUAAAAGAUAUCGGUUUUGGAAUAGAUGAGAGAAUAUCAAAAUUUGAAGAACUAAAUUACAAACAAACAAAGUUGAUUCUAACUCAAUUAGCCAAAUUGCAUGCGUUAUCUUUUGUCUAUGAGAAAGUAGAAAAGGAAAAUUUUGAUAAAGUUAAAGAAAAGUUUGCCGAUAUACUAUUCCAAGAGAAAUUUCUUACCAAGAGUAAACUGAGAAAUUAUUUUUUCGAAUCGUAUGAUAUGUCUUUAAAAUUUGUAACAAAUAUUGAAGCUAAAAAGAAGUUAAAUGAAUUGCGAAACAAACUAGUACAUAUAUUGAGAUUUUAUACUCAACCGUCUAAGCAUAAUGUUUUGUGUCAUGGAGAUGUAUGGCUUAACAACAUACUUUUUAAGGAAGAAGGUGAAGAAGAUGAAAUUUGUUUCUUAGACUAUCAAGUUAUGCGGUACUGUUCUCCUGUUAUAGAUAUUAUAUAUUUUAUGUAUCUAAGCACAACUUCAAAGUUUAGAUCUGAAAAUUUCGAAGAUCUCCAACAAGUAUAUUAUGAUUCGCUAAAAUCAUUUUUAAACCUAUAUGACUUAAAUGUCAAUAAUAUUUACCCCUGGACAGAGUUCAUUGAUGAACUAAAAUAUAGUCUUCCGUUUGGGUUAAUUAUGGCUUUGGUGGAAAUGAGAAUAAUUACUACCUCACCUGAAGAUGAAGCAAUAUUAAGAAGAAAUAACAUAGAAUUUUCAGUAGUGCCCGGAGAGGUUGAGUUGUUUAAGUACAGAGUAAAUGAUUUAGUUGAAGAGUCUAUAAGUAACGGUGUAUUGGUAAAACUUUUGGAAACUAUAGCUGCGUUUUAUUAAUGUUUAAUUACAGAUUGUCAGAAAAUAACAGGUAAUUUUUAUUAUAUUUUAACGUUAAUAUAUUUAAUCCUAAAAAGUGUUUAUUGUGACCAUUCGUUGGACUUACCUAUCUCCUCCACCAUAUGAAGGUACACUUGAGUCUCCGAACGAGGUACCGUAAGCCAUGGAGCAAGGUUCCAUUACACAUCUUUCAGUUUCUUCCGCAGGUUUUGGUCCCAUACAUUUGCUGUCUGGAAGCUUUGCAAUUGUUCUGCUAAAUUCUAGAAAUAUCUUGCAAUGAACCUCUUUCUUUCGCCAACCUUCACCGCAUGUAACACUGCACGGGCUCCAUUCGUCAUCUUUGAUGUAGCUAUAGGAAAAGUUCUUUAUUUACAACUAACAUAGAGAUUAUUUUUUGGGUUAAGAAAUCUAAACUAUAAAAUCUAUUUAAUUCAAUUCACUCAGAGGACUCAAGUUAGACAUGCUAGGUGCUUAGGGUCUAGUAUAUAAUUAAGGGAUCCUAAAACGUAUUUGUCUAUUCUGGCUGGUUUAUGUAGAAGUAUGUGCACCAGUGUUAGUCUGUAAAGUAUUUUAUCGCCAAUUCAAUGCCUUUUCACCUGUAAACCUUAAUCAUUAUAAUUUAUUUUAAUAACUUAAAAUAAAAAGUAAAUCUAUUUUCAAAAUGUAAAUAUUUUUGGAAUAAAAAUUCAAGGUAGCCGUGUUUUGUGUGCCAGAAAUGUAUAGUUUAUUUAGGAUACUAUAAAAAGUGUUCGGAAGCAAAAUAAAAAUUAGGCAAGACAUUCUCUUAUAGUGUAGUAUUAUGUGCAGAGAAUUUAAAACUUUGUUGUGCCGUGCAUAGAGUAGAAAAAUGCAAGUAAGAGUAUCGUAGUAUAAUGAAAUAAAAUGAUAUGUGAGAUUAUGAUAUGUGAUGAUUUGGUGGGUUUACAUUAUAAAUCAUGGUUUUAUGUGCAUAUGAAAUUUGGAGUUAUUGAAUGGGGAUAUCAUUUUGUAUUUCUGUAGCUACUGCUCCGCGACUCAAUAUUUACAAAACAACACUCAGCUAAAUUCUAAGACAUCUCAAGGGAAACAUUCGUUGUCACGUUCACUCAGGUUUCGGAAUCUAACUUUAUGAUCACUAUAAAACGUGGGGUAAGGAGUUAUACAAAAAUAAUCUUUAAAACAAGUGUUCGAAAGUCUACGUUAAUUCCCAAAGAAUUGUUUCGUAUAUCUAAUAAAAUACUUAAGCUACCGAAGAAAAUAGAGCUAGUAGCAACUGGAUACGUGUCGGAUGGGGUUGAUGUCAUUCCUUGUAAUAAAAUGUGUGAUGUUAUUCUGAAUCCAAAAGUGAAACCUUUAAAAACUUGAGUACCAGGUACAAUACCUUACAUACAACCAGCCACACGCAAAGAAUAUUUUGUAAUUGCUGAAAGAGACAACAACAAAAUACUCUGAGCUAUUGAUAAAUCAGAAUUUGAUAAAAUUAUAGACUUAUGAGAAAGUCAAGAUAUCGGUCACUAUAAAAAAAAGCAUAAUUAUGACACUAAUUAUGAAGCUUAUACAAAUAAUUGACAGUCACAAACUACAUAAUGGGUUAAUAUUAAUAUUGAGGCCAUAAUUUGAAAUAUAAAAGUAUUUUAAAAAAAUCCAAAUUUUAAUUUAGUCUCUGGUAAAACUUAUUAUAAACACAAAUAGUUUUACAAUUUUUGAGCUUUGCGAAAUCUAGAAUAUAGCUUGUAUAUCUUUAAUAAAAUUUUAGCACCCAAAACCAAUUGUUGAUUACAAGUAAUAUUAAAAAAUCAUCCACUUAUGAAAUACUGCAGUGUUAGCCAGAUCAGAUUUAAGUUACGAAAUAAUUAAUGUAAAAGAAAUAUUAAAAUGGACAUCAAAAAUUUAAAAUGUAUCUCCAAGAAAAAGAACCAAAUUUGAUUUGUUAUCAUGAAAUUUUGGAUCGAUAUUUUUAUCUACUUCUAUUUAACAUAAAACUUACGUGGCUUCGACCGGUACUUCUGGUUCACCGAUUAACCUUUCAGCCUUCGCUUGAGGGGGUGGAUAAGGUUGUAUUAAAGGCUGUGUGUGGUAAACGACGCCAGGGAGGAUAUCUUCUAUAUCAUCCUGUGAAAAUUUAGAUUAAUAUUUGUUCAUUCAUAUUAUUUAAGCACCUUAGUAUAGGUUUCCAAGUAUAUAUGUCGCAGCUAGACCAUAGAAUUGAUCGUGAUGAUGCGGGCACCAGUUUAUG